CGUCAGCUAAGUAGCCACUUGUGAUUCCCCGGAGCAGCUUUUAGGCACGGGGCAACCCACCCCCUCAGCAGAAUGAGCGGCAAGCGGAAAGAAGAGCAGCCCGUGUCCAACGGGGGAGUAAAGGUGAAGGGACCCCUAUGGAGCAAAGCCCUGCGAGGAGACUCUACAUGGGAGGACAAGGAUGAGUUCCUCGAUGUGAUCUACUGGUUCCGACAGAUUUUGGCAAUUGUUUUGGGGGUGAUAUGGGGUGUUGCCCCUUUGAAGGGUUUUAUCGGGAUAAUUAUUUUUUGCCUGAUCAAUGCCGGCGUUCUGUACUUGUAUUUUAGCAGCUUCCAGCAAAUAGACGAGGAGGAGUACGGAGGAACGUGGGAGCUAACAAAGGAAGGAUUUAUGACAUCAUUUGCACUCUUUAUGGUGGUCUGGAUCAUUUUCUACACUGCAAUUCACUAUGAUUGAUGAUGAUUUUAUUUCCCCCUUUGCCAAAAUUUCCCAUCUUUUGUUUUACGGACCCAUUUUUUUUUUCUUUUUUUUUUAAUAUAAUGAAUCAAACGAAGCCUACAAGGAAAAAUGGAGAAGCCAGACUUUUUUUUUUUUUUUUUUUUUACCAGCAUUGAGCACAGGACUGAAUGUUUAUAGGAACUAUGGCUGGCAAGGUUUUGUCUUCAUUUUUGUUUUUUUACUUAGGGGAUGAAAAUCUGUUCUUUUUCUCCCCAGGAAACAUGCUGUUAACUAAUCCACUAACUGGACCCCAGUUAUCUUAUACCCUAACAAUGAGACCUUGAUCACCAGUCUCUCUCUUGUCUUCCUUGUAAUAGUCCAACUUGUCCAGGAGCAGAUGUCUAACCCGCUAUCCUACAAAUAACUCUGCUGCUACAUCCUUAUUGGACCAACAAUAUAAUUUCACUACACCAUAAGCCUCGGCACGGCAGCUAUAUUGGAAACGGGCAGCAGAAAAUCCUCAAAGGGCUCUGCUAAUUCUUAUAAUUGCUUGAAAUGAACUUCUAUGCUUUGGUAAGGGGAUGGCUGCAUUGUUGUUGCAUUCUACCACCCACUUUAACCCUAGCUAACCUCUAGCUAUGAGUGAUGCAGCUGUCCCUCCUGGCAUGGAAAGGGUAAACUUGGACCUGACUUGUUUCUCACUUCAAGCUCCACAGUAUUUAAACAAAAAGUAGUAUUUAAACUAAUGUGAAUGUGUUUUACAAUUAAAGUUCUGAUUUAUUGAA